AUUAAAGACGAAAGAUAAAUAUGAAUCAACGUCUAAAUAGUCCUAUUGUGAUCUGGAUUUCACUUGUAUUAUGGCUUAUAUCAGUUUUAGCUAUUUUGUGGUCAUUAAUAUUAUUUUUCUAUGUCGGUGAUAUUUUAUUUUUUACUGGUACAGAUAUCGUGAACGCGGUCGUAUUGCUGAUCGCAAUUAUUAUGCUGCCACCAAAUUUUUAUCAACUACAUGCGAUUGCACAUGGAAAUAAGAUUGAAUACAAAGCAAACGUUUUUUGCUGUCGACUAUGGACCUGUAUUGCUUGGGUAAUUAUACUAAAUAUUGUUGGUAUAAUUGUAUGCAUCCAAAGAAUUUUUUCAUGCCAAGAGGUUACGUCGAGUUAUUUAACUAACAGUAUAAGGCAAUACAGGACAGUCCCUAAACAUAGACAGUUUAUUGACAAACUGCAAUGGUCUCUAGGAUGUUGCGGAUUGAAAUCGUAUAAAGAUUGGUUUAGUCAAGACUGGCAUGAUAAAAUACGUGACUAUGAAUGGAUAAGUACAAAUGAUAGGAAUACAAACACAAUAAAAAGUGUAGAAACAGACAGUGUUCCAUUUAGUUGCUGCAAAAGUGGAUCUUGUGUCUCUAGUUAUUUGAAAGAAUUGGGCAAUCACUCGAUAAAUACAAGGGGUUGCUCUAAUAUAGUACAUAACUGUAUAAUUGUGUCCAUCAUUAUGCACCUUGUUAUGUUUAUCACUGUUAUAUUGUUGGAGAUUUUGUUACUUAAGCACAUCAUGCACAAAGAGGAUGAAGUAAGCGGUUUCAAAAAAAUUACCAAUAAGUUCAACAUAAGCCACAUAAUGUCUGUUAACGAUAAUUUUGAAGUGUCGAGUGAUUCUUACAUUUUAAACGAGGAAGACAGUGAAAUUGACUCAUCUAAUGCUUACUGUGAUGAAAAAUGA